AUGGGGACCUUUCGUCGGCACUUGAGCGUUUUGCUCUGGAAGAACUCCGUGCUGAAACGUCGGCACCCAUGCUCGUUGUUCUCCGAGCUGUUCCUAGCCAUCGGUUCCAUCGGAUUACUGACACUGGCUAGACACUUGACCUCCAACCUCGAGACACAAGAUUUUGAAGCUGAACAUCAUGUUAUGAAGUCCAUGUUGGUGCGUUUGCCGGAGUGUGCAGAGUUCUUGCCCGACUGUUCCGUGGAGCUGGUAAAGACAGAAGCGCAUAGUGCUUCCUGCGUGGAAGGCAUCACUUUCGGCUGCAAGGGAGACGUGCAUCAUACAGGUCGGCCUGGAGUUUGGGCGGUGAUGGGCUGCUAUGGCCUCUUUCGUGUGAAAGGCCAUCAAGAUGCAGAUGAGCACUAUGUCCACUGCAAGGCGGGGAGCAAAUUCUGUUGGCCCACAGUGAAUGCAGUGCUGAUGACACCGCACUGUGGAGUGACCAGCCAAGAGCGAUGGCGGUGCCAAAACAUGUGCGUCUUCUGCGUGCGACAUACCGGACAGCUGGGGCAGCUGGGGCUCAGUUUGAAAUUCUUUGAGAUGCCUCAGAGGGUGGUCUUGGAAAUUCGCUACCCAGGCAAACAAACAGAGACAAACGAGAGAUUGAGUGUCAUGUUUGAGAGCUGGCCUGAAUUCAAUGAGGAAACUGAAUGGCCCAAGAUUGAACAACACCUCCAGAAAUUGAGACUUAGGGAAAAGUUGGACAACUGUACUGUCCAUUACUACAAAAGCUCUUCUGACCACCUGGAGCUCAAGGACUCCAGCAGUCUGGCAGCUUUGGCGCAGAGGCUUCAGCUUCAAAAGCUACUGCCCCUGCGUUUCAUCCCACUGAUGCAUGUGCGAGAUGGCAAUGGUGGUGAGACUGCUUACGAUCGUUUCGAAUGUCUGGGCCGAGGAGGAUUCGGAGUUGUUUUUGAGGUUCGAGACCGAGUUUCCAACAAGCGCCAUGGACUGAAGAUGUCCUUGCCUGAUGAGAAUUCUCUGCAAAGUAUGAAGAACGAAAUCGACACUCUUUUGAAGCUGGACCACCCCAACAUCAUACGACCUCUCAGCACAGGUGAUGUUUGGGACCCUGUCUAUGGCUGCCUCCCUGUUUUCCUCAUGGAGUUGGGACUGUAUUCUGUUGCGGAGUUGCACAGUGAGCCGUACAAAAAAGCCGCUGCCAAAGCUGUGGUAAAGCAGGUGACAGCUGCAUUGCUGUAUCUGUACGAAAAAGGUUUCGGACAUAUGGACCUGACUGCUUCCAACAUCCUUGUGACCAGCGAAAGUGCGUGCAGCGGUGAGCUGCAGUUGGAGGUUAAGCUGAUUGAUGCAGGUGGUGCUGGAAAACUUGGAACCGAUUUGGUAACGCAAAGAACCAAAGGGUUCUCAAAUCCGAUCUUGUUUUCUGGCAACAGGCAGCCUCCUGUAAGCUUCUGUCAAGACGUGUUCAGCCUCAUCAAAACUGUGCGUGAGCUUGCAGGCUCGCACUUCAUAAUUGUCCUGGACUUGUUGGAUGAAUUGAGUCGCAUAGCUGAACGAUUUGGAGACAACAGAGAUGCAGUCAUUGAGGGUGUACGGUUCCAGCCGGAAGGAGCACAGUAUCGAACAGUUUUCAGCUUGUGCAGCAAGGCCUUCAAAGUGGAUAUGGGUGAUAUUACCUUUCGCUUGAGCAGUCACUUUUUGAGAAAACAAUUGACAGAGUUGACCGUUAGCCAGCAAAUUUCCAAAGGUCAGGACAUGUUGCUGCGAUUCGCACUGUUGGAAAAUAUGAUGAUUUCCCAAGUAUCUUCCAGCAAUUCCGAAGCUCUGCGUGAGCAGUGGGACGACGCGAUGUUUGUGCUUGGAGCCAUGCGAGUACAUAGGUGUGCUCUCAUGUUUGCAUCCAAGCAGCUGCAGAAGGAAGCGGUUCAGCGAAACGGCUCCGACCUUCAGUUUGUCUCAGAGGACUUGCAGGCUGAUGGGCAAGUCGUGCUGGAGGCAGUGCAACAGGACGGCUCUGCGCUGCAAUUUGCCUCAAAGGACUUGCAGAGAGAUCUGGCUAUUGUGCUGGCAGCAGUUCAACAAAAUGGUUCUGCACUUCAGUUUGCUUCAGAGGACCUCCAGGGUGACAGGCAAGUUGUGGUGGAGGCAGUUCGACAGCAACGCCCUGCGCUGCGAUUUGCUUCAAAGGAUCUGCAGAGGGAUGAGACCAUUGUCCAGGAAGCAGUUCGAACCCUUCAAGUUGGGCCACAUAGCGAGGUGCUGAAAGCUGCGGCGAUAGCAAGAGCUCUGCAGGAUGACAGUCAAAUUGAAGCUGUUACUUGGUACACCAUGCCUUUGUCUGGAUGGGCUCGCCGUUUUGGUUACCAGCACUCAGUGGUGCUGGUGAAGGUGAAUGGUUUCUCCUAUGCGAUCGAGAGAGCAUGUCCUGGUCGCGUUGACUUGGUGAGGCAGAAAACAUUGAUUCAGGAUGCCACUAAGAAGGGGCUUUUUGUAUCCGAUUGGGAAGAUUUCCUUCAAGUCCCCCACUUGGCCCUAUUUGAAAAAGUGGCACCACUGCAGGAUGUUGACAUCAAACAAGGCAUAUCCCCCAAGAGUUUGGUGAUGCACCUGCUGAGCUUUGGCGAAUACAACACGGGAAGCAACAACAGCCACCACACAGCCAUGGAAGUGUUCAACUUUUGCACGGAGAGACGGACCCUCACCUCCUUGCCUAUCAACUGGUGGCAAAGCCAAGUCGCAAAGGUUUUCCAAUUCCUUAGGUCAGAUUCCGCAAGUGAACCGUUGUACAACGAUGUCAUUAAAGUCAUCAGACCUUCAUAUAUCACUGGAAGCAUCUCCCCAGAGUGGUCAUCUGAUGGCAAGACUCCGCCGUACUUUCAAGAAGUUGACAGGGGAUCAGCGCAGUACCAGAAGGUCAAGGAGUUUGUCAUGAAGUUUGGUGGCGAUGAGAUUCCAGGCCUUGAGAUUCAGAAGAUCCUGCGAUACGAAAAUUUCCGGUCCUAUAGCGAUUAUGUUCACAAACUGAAAGAUAAAACUGCUCACCAGAAGUACAGUUGGCUGUUCCCUUUUGAGAAGAUGGUGGUUGAAGAACGAGGGUUUCAUAAAAGUUUGACAUUCGCUGCCUAUGGGCAGGGCUUCUACUUUACUCUUGACUUCCGACUUGCAGAUUUCUAUGGAGAUUCAGAAGUGGUGGGGCAUCAUGAGCCACAUCGGACACGCCGCGUGCCUCUGUGCUGUGUGGCUGCAGGAAAGCCUUUCGAUGCAGAGAGGCUUUUUCCUUAUGUUUCAGGUGACCCUUUGAGCGGCCGAACAGAGGCUGAAUGGAUUGAGAAGAUGCAGGAAUUCAAUCGAAACAAACCAGAAGGGCACGACAACAGCUGGAUUGGGGAUGAAUGGGCGCUCAUUGUCGGAGACACUUCGUGGUAUCCUGAUUACCUGGUUGAGUACACCAGCGAUGGGCUUGCCUUGAACCCAUAUGAGGAGCCACACAGAGAGCCGUGCGACUCGGGCUUCGGCCUUCAGCCGAGCGAGUGCUUGAAGCGAAGUUGUUGCUUUGACGCUCGAAGAGGUCAGUGCUUUCGAUCGAAAUCACGGCGCUUGCAGCAAUCUGCUGCCAACACGGACCAGAACACGGAUUCCUUCUCUACUGGUGCUCUGAUGGAUAUGUUGCUCCCCAAGGGUGGUGUCAGACGCCUGGAUGCGACCUUCGCCGUCGCCCCGAAGGGCCACGGCGCCGAAGAGUUCCACACCUGGCUGAGGGCUACACGGCAUCCCUGGGCAGAUCGAGUCCGUUUGUUCGAUACCGCGGAGGACGUGGAGCAACACCUCAGAAGCGACACCUACCCGCGGCGCAAUCAGACAUCGUCGGAGAUGCUCUGUGGCGCCGUGAUCUUCGACACGGAGCCCUGGAGUCAACAGGUGAAGUACACACUUCGCUUCAACCAGAGUUUAGGCUAUGACCCCAAUCUGCCCAGCGUCGCUGCGGUCUUCCGUUCGACCAAGUUGACGACCCAGGGCUUGGUGGAGCCACAGAAGGACGACGGACAGCCAAAGACCUUUAACAAAGGAGGUCUGACCUGGUAUUCUCAAAGUGGGUUUUUAGCUUUGCAACGAAGCGUGGACAACUUCAUUGAGCGAAUCUCUUAUCGUGGUCAGGCUGUGAGUGGUCCAGUGAGCUCGCAAUAUCUUGGAGAAGAUGGACGACCACAUGUGGUGGUGCCCUUCCCUACCCCCGCAUGGUCCUUGGAUGUCUUCGCCAUGCUUAUGCCGCAGCUUCUGUCAGCGUUCCUUCUCAUCUCCUUGGCAUAUUCAGUAAAUCGAAUGAUCACCGGAGUCGUCAUGGAGCGGGAGGCACGUCUUCGUGAAGGCAUGCGGAUGAUGGGCAUGCGAAGCAGCGCCUUCUACGCCUCGUGGGUUGUAACUUACGUCUUGCUGUAUCUCUUUGUGGUCACCGGGGUGGUCUUCCUUUUGUCUGUUGGGUCGAUCUUGCCUCGGAGCAGCCCCUCCCUGCUGUUUGUGUGGCUGAUGAUCUUCUCACUGGCAGCCAUUGCCUAUGGAUUGGUCAUCACGACCUUCUUCACCAGGGCAAAAACUGCAGCCACGGUGGGCUCUAUCCUCUUCUAUACCACCAGUUACUUCAAACACCUGGCGAAUCCGACUUCCUCCAGCUCCACUCUACGGCUGCUAUCCUUGUUGCCCCCGGUGGCCUUCGAAUUGGGUGCUGAUUUGGUGGCUGCCUUGGAGAGUCAACAGGCGAACAUUCACUAUCACAACUAUAGCCUGCUGGAGAGUGCAGUGAUGCUCCUCUUGGACACGCUGUGCCUCUCGGUGCUCUUUCUGUACCUCGACCAGGAUAUUCUGGGCAAAGCACCAACGGAAGCACCACAUGUCGACGUUGAAGCACCAACGGCAAGUUCUGAGGCCAUUGCACUGGUGGAACAGGAUGUUGGUGAGGCAGCAGCCAUGAUGUCUCGGAAUGGCCAAACCGUGGAAAUUGUGAAGCUGUCGAAGCGCUUCGGCCAGUUGCGUGCAGUUGAGAACCUAGACCUGGUGAUGUACCAGGGCGAAAUCUUUGCACUACUGGGCCACAACGGUGCAGGCAGGGAGAGUUGCACUAGAGAUGACUCGAUGACUCGAUGGCUCGAUGGCUCAGGGAAGACGACGACGCUUGGAAUGCUCUGUGGUUUGAUUCCUCCCAGCAGCGGUCGCUGCUCCGUCUUCGGCUCGGAUCGACCCGAGGAGGUCCAACGUUACCUGGGCGUUUGUCCGCAGCAUGACGUUCUGUGGGAGACGAUGACCUGCGAGGAGCAUCUCAAACUCUUUGCUGGCUUCAAAGGAGUCCCAAACGAGGCAGUCUCUCGAGAGGUCUCGUACAUGUUGGAUCGUGUGGGUCUUGAAAAGGCCGGUGCUUGCAAAACGCAAGCAGGACGUUUGAGCGGUGGAAUGAAGCGAAAGUUGAGCUUAGGCAUCGCCUUCCUGGGUGGAUCGCGAUUGGUGGUCUUGGACGAACCAACCAGUGGUCUGGACCCUUUCUCUCGUCGUUCAGUGUGGGAGCUUCUGCGGUCGAUGAAGCAAGGCCGUGUCACAGUCCUAUCCACUCACUACAUGGACGAGGCUGACAUCCUUGGAGACAGGAUCGCCAUUCUGCACGAGGGCCGGCUGAAGUGCUGCGGUGAGGGACCCCAGAGGGUGUGUCCACGGCUGCGCCUGGAUUGCACGUGGAUUGCACAUGGAAGCUACAAUGUGACCUUUGUGAAACGCCCUGGCUGUGACAUUGACAUCGUGCGUGAGGCCGUGUGCCGCCAUGUGCCAGAGCUCACCUCAGAGGUCUCUGUGUUGUCCAACAGCGGAAAGGAGCUGAUCCUGCAGUUUCCCUUUUCUGCUGCUCGACAUUUUCCCAAGGUGCUGGGGAGUUUGGAACAGCAGCUGGAAGAACUUCGGUUGGAGUUCGCGCCCUGUCUUCCUGAAAGUGGCAUCAGGCGACGUGCCCAGGCGCUGUGCUAUCGCAUGAGUCACGUGUUGAGUCACGUGUUGAGUCACGUGUUGCAUGUCUUAAGGUACAUUGAGUUGCAAGAGAUGGCUGUCAACCCUGUGGUCGAAGAAGUUCAGGACCGAUUGAGUCAUGCGACGGAGAGUUCCCAAGCGCGUGAAGUCUUCGCAGCUCCCAAGUACCGGCGCGGGGGCAGCUGCUUGGGGCAGACGAAGGCGCUGGUGAAGAAGCGCAUCAAGUACGGCGUCCGGGAUCAUCGUGGGGUCCUGUGCCAGUUGCUGAUGCCAACGGCCACGCUGGUCUUGUUUUUGGUGCUACUGUCCCGGAAACUCUUUAGCAGCCAACCGAUUCUGGAGCUCGCAGUACAGGACUACAACAAACAUUGUCAUGGCAGUUCCUUCAGACGCCGGGACUUCUCCAACCGGGUGGAGUUCAGUCACCUGCCCGUGGUGAACCCUGAAAAAGCCAUGGAAGUACUGAAGCCCGGCGAGGACUCGCUAAACGAGGCAUGUCGAAGCAUCGAAGCACGCAACAAAGUCGGUUUGAUGCUGAGAAGUUCCAGUACCUGUUCAACUGCAGUGCCUCAAAUUCAGUCUGAAUUCUUCUGCCUUCCGAAGACAUCACUCCACAGCACUCCACAGCACUUGACAUCGCAGGAGCUUUGGCACGGAGAAUUGCGACAUCACUCGCCGCCACUCGUCUCCGACGAAGAGAUGCGCAUUAAGGAGGAGCUGCGGGCUGAACUGCCACUGUCGCGGCACUACAAGGAGCAGGUUGCGGCAGCUUUUGUGGCUCUAUUCCGAGGUGAAGAACUUUUUCUGGUGCGCGGCAAGCAAAGCGGUCUGUGGCAAUUGCCCGGUGGAAUGAUUGAGGCCUCUGACUUGAGUGUUUGGGAUGCAGCGACGCGAGAGUUUUUUGAGGAACUGCACACAGUUGAUUCAGAGGAGACUGGCAGUCAGGCUCCCUUGCCUGCUUCGCGAUUGCAAGGAUGGUUUGAAACCACCAUCCAGCUGCCUAAAACGCUUUUUCGAGGAGUGAUUUUUGUCCUGCAGACAGAAGAUUCAGCGGAGGUCCCCUUCGCUGCAAACGGAGAGACCUGUGAAGCGACGUGGAAACCCUGGCGAUGCCUCGAGGAGUUGGACUUCCGUUGGCCCAACGAUCAGUGCCUCGCCGAGAUCACCGUUGAUCGAAGUGAAUAG